UCCCAAAUUCACCACACACACAAACACGCACUAAUCUAUACAUACAGAUUCUAUCUCUACACCCUCCUCUUUCAGAUUCGAAUGGCGCGUACCAAGCAGACCGCCCGAAAGUCAACCGGAGGCAAGGCCCCGAGGAAGCAGCUCGCCACCAAGGCCGCCAGGAAGUCCGCUCCGGCGACCGGCGGAGUGAAGAAGCCCCACCGCUUCCGCCCCGGAACCGUCGCCCUCCGUGAGAUCCGGAAGUACCAGAAGUCCACCGAGCUUCUGAUCCGCAAGCUGCCGUUCCAGAGGCUGGUGCGUGAGAUCGCGCAGGACUUCAAGACGGAUCUUCGCUUCCAGAGCUCCGCCGUGGCGGCGCUGCAGGAGGCGGCGGAGGCGUACCUCGUCGGACUCUUCGAGGACACCAACCUCUGCGCCAUCCACGCCAAGAGGGUUACCAUUAUGCCGAAGGACAUCCAGCUCGCCAGGAGAAUCAGAGGCGAGCGUGCUUAGAGUGAGUCGACUCGGUCCGAGUCUAGGGUUUUUAAUUUCCUUUUUUUUUUUUUUAAAUGUUGGGGUUUAUUAUGAUGUUUUGGAUUUGAAUUAGGGUUUAUUAGUGUAAAGCUGUUUCGCAGAAGGGUUUAUCAGUUUGUAAGCCUCUCGAUCUGUAGUUUGUUGAUGAAAUUUCAAAUUCUAGAUUCAGAUUUGCUGUU